AUGGAGAGUGCUGAUGUAGCGUUUGAGUACUACUGCGCAAUUGUGAAAGAGAUCAGAAAUGUCCUUCUUGGCCCUAUAUCUCCAAAUAUCGAUGUACUUCGAAACCUACAGAAGUUCUUAUACAAAACCCUCCCAGAAAAUGCCCACCAGCUGGCUUCAGGGAGGCUGCACAUUAUCCUCACUCGUGUAUCAGACAGACAGAACGUCGUGGUGUCAGACUUCGGGUCAAAGGAGGAGGUCAUUCAGGCAGUGACCUGCAGCUGCUUCAUUCCUGUCUAUAAUGGGUACAUCCCUCCCUCUUUCCAGGGUGUGCAUUAUAUUGACGGAAGCUUCAGUAGCCCAGAGCCUUCGUUCUACACAAAGACCAUGAUUAUAGUGUCGGCUCUUGCGUUGGACAAUGACAUCUGCCCAAGGGAUAAGCCAGGCAAUUUCUUCAGUUUUUACAGUUUUCAGCAGCAAUUUCAGAUACAACUAGAAAACUUCCACAGGGUAUUCCGUUUUUUUUUUCCACCCGGCCAUCUGGUGAGUAGCCAGCAGGAGUCAAUGCAACCUCAAACUUACCUUCUGCUGUGUGGGUACAACAAGCAUUGUUUACAAGGCUGACAUCUUUUCUCGGUAGGCGGUGCAUGAGUUCUUUUUACAAGGGUAUCAUGAUGCCGGCUUCUACUUGGAAAGAAACAGAGAGUGCAGUAUAGAUUAUCCUGCCAAGAGCGUGACACUCCCAUUAGCCAGUGAGUCCUGUAAGAAAGGCUUGUCCCAGCCUCGUGGAGGUCUUGAAACCAGAACCCAUCAACAAGGAUCCUCACUUCCACUGAUGCAGCUUACAAGGACCUCACCAGACAGCAUGGAGUGAUGAAUGGGGUGGAGAAUGGAAAAGAGGAUAAAAUGCAGCAGCUGCCCCUAUGCUGGGACCAAGGU